AGCUAAGACAGCUGCACCGUUUACCCCGAAUUUCGGGGGUGGCGGAAGAUACUCACCUACCGGUACUCCUAAGGGUGGAGGACAUGCGUGCCUAGAGAUUUACAGUCCAUUCCGCCGUAACUAUGGGGUAAGCGCAUCCAAGAUAUAAGAUGCCACAGAUGGCCGUUCGCUCCCUUUUCACUUUCUCUCAAUUUCCACGCUGUCUUCUUCGUUCUCCUUCUCCUCUUGCUUUCAGAUACCCCUUUCGUCCUCUAACGGCUUUCCCCCUUCACAACUUCCACCGAAAUGAUUGCUCAAGAGAUAAACCCCCUUGACUUUACUGUCUUGGGCUUGAACUCCGGUACUUCUAUGGAUGGCAUUGACUGCACUCUGUGCCGCUUCCGCCAGGAGACCCCCGAGUCACCGAUGCACUUCGAGCUCCUGAAAUAUGAUGAGAUCCCCCUUCCUCAAUCCAUCAAGAAGCGCGUUAUGGACAUAAUCUUGCACGACCGCACGUCCGCUUCCGGGCUAUCUGAGGUGAACGUUAUUCUCGGAGAAACCUUCGCCGACGCCGUCGACCAGUUCUGCAAGAAGCACGACGUGGACAUGUCGUCCAUCGAUGCCAUCGGUUCACACGGCCAGACUAUCUGGCUGCUGUCAAUGCCCGAGCCCGGCCAGGUCAAAUCAGCUCUUACAAUGGCCGAGGGCUGCUUUAUUGCUUCUCGCACCGGCAUCACCACUGUGACCGACUUCCGCAUCUCGGACCAAGCGGCCGGUCGUCAGGGCGCUCCGUUGAUCGCCUUCUUCGACGCACUUCUUCUCCAUCAUCCUACUAAGCUGCGCGCCUGCCAGAACAUCGGCGGCAUAGCGAACGUUUGCUUUAUUCCUCCCGACAACAAGGGUGGCGUAUCCGAGGCGUACGACUUCGAUACAGGCCCAGGCAACGUCUUCAUCGACGCCGUCGUGCGCCACUACAGCAAGGGCGAGCGGGAGUACGACGUGGAUGGCGAGAUGGGUGCCCGCGGUACCGUCAAUCAGGCCCUCGUCGACGAGUUCUUGCAGCACAAGUACUUCGGCCUCGACCCGCCCAAGACGACGGGCCGCGAGGUCUUCCGCGACACGCUGGUCUUCGAGCUGAUCGAGAAGGCCGAGAAGCUGGGCAUGUCCCCCGACGACGUCGUCGCCACCGUUACCCGCAUCACCGCGCAGGCCAUUGUGGACCAUUACCGGCGUUACGCCCCGGCCGGCAUGGAGCUCGAAGAGCUCUUCAUGUGCGGCGGCGGCGCCUACAACCCGAACAUCACCCGUUUCAUCCAGCAGGCGUACCCCAAUACCAAAAUCAUGAUGCUGGAUGCGGCCGGUGUACCCGCAGGCGCAAAGGAGAGCAUCACCUUUGCCUGGCAGGCUAUGGAGGCCAUCGUCGGCCGCUCCAUCCCGGUCCCCACGCGUGUUGAGACUCGCCGCGAGUACGUCUUGGGCAAGGUGUCACCGGGUACAAACUACCGCAACGUGAUGGGGCGGGGGAUGGCUUUUGGCGCUGGCCGUGACCGUCUAGCGCCUGUUAGAGAGAUGGUCAACUACGUCGAUGGCAAGAUAUUUGACAACAACUGGUAAGAGCGGACGACUUGCACGGUAAAUACUCACGCACAACGUCGAGGUCACGUUGGCGUACCGGUUGCUUACAUUGGAGACAUGAGGAAAACAUGUUUGGCGUAGUCAAGGCGGGUAGUCUACGUUCUUGAUUGUAAAUGAUAUUUUUUUUAGGCAAGGCGGCUUCAAAGGGGCUACACUACAGUAUUUGCGAAUCUUCAGG